AUGGCUCCCACUAAUCACUCCUCCAGUUCAGUACCUCUUGCUCCAAAGCGCCCAGGACUCCUAAAACGACCUGAAGAACAUGAAGAUUUACUGACUGAUGAGUUUGAGAUACCUUACCGACUAUUUACUCCACUACCAGCCAGCACUCGGAGUACUCAAUCGACCACCGCCAUCCAAGUAGCUUGCAAAGGCCUUCUCCGUUCUUCCAAAAGUCCCACUGGUAGAAGCAGUCCUACAAGGGUAGAAUUUCAUCUCCCCGGCGACCAUACUGACCUUGUUGAAGUGCAGGAGCAGGCUCAAGCAAUAGAGGUGCCAGAGGUGGAGGAAAUAGUUCAUACCAGCCAAUCAGAGUAUGAUGAUUCUCCAGAGAACGAGCCCGAAAGUUCUGAGGAGAAUAAGGAUGAACCGGAGGAUGAACCUUAA